AUGAGCGAGAUGAGUGAGUCCGAAUACGAGUGGGCUGACGCAGCCCAGAGCCCUAACGACGAAACCGAGUCUGAGGAAAAUUGGUCUGCGACAGCCCAGAACGGCCACGACGAGAGCCAGUCUGAGGACAAGUGGUCUGCGGCAGCCCAGGACGGCAACGGAGAGAGCCAGUCCGAGGGCCAGUGGUCUGAGGCAGUCCAAAACGGCAUUGGUGAGGACGAGACCGAGGGCCAGUGGGCUGAGGGAUCGAACAAUGACGACUAUGAUACAAUUAAUCAGGCCAUGGAAGAUGCCUACAUCUCUGCUAGCGACACCGCGAACCUCGUCAAAAUUGUUCAGGAACUGAGCGCUGAGACUCGAGAAUCGCUUAAUGAUAUUGCCGCUAAGAAAGCCGACUUUGAUAAAGCCGAACGCCUCUUCCUUGAAGCCGCUGUCACCCUGGACGUCAUCGCAUCCCAGCUGCGUGAGGCCGAAGUCUCUCGCAAUCACUGCGUGACUGUUUUCCUCCGGGCUCGCCGCGUUAUUGAAGGUGCUUUUGCCCUCCUGUGCCCCGGUGCUGAGUUUAGAACUCGUGCUCCUUUCUUGAUGGCAGACACACCCUCGGGGGCUGAGGGGCAAUCGAAUGCGGCUGGACGACAGAAUGGAUCUCCCAAUUGA